AUGUCGAAAUUUUCGCAUUUACAAAGAAAUAUCAAGUACGAGUCCCUUGAGGACCGUUUCAAGCGCUACCAUUUUUAUUUCACGAUGCAGCAGGAACAACUUUCCCGAAUGUAUCAUUCAUGUUUAAAUGAAAUCCGUCGCGGCCUUGAAAUGCACAAGGAGUCUCCAAAUAAGUGGCUUCCUGAAAAAUGCUCCAUGAUGUUUUUGGACACUUGCGUCAAAAUGGUCUUCUAUGGAGUUGACUUCGGUGGGACAAACCUGAGAGCCAUUCGAGUUGAACUUGAUGGAAAUGGCCGCACAACAACAAGUCAAAGCCGCUGCAACAUCAGAGACGAUGCUGCGGCUCGCCAUCUUCCAAAGGGCCUUCUUGACAAGAAUGCAACUGCUUCAAUGUUAUUCGACUCGAUUGCACGUCAAAUUAAGAAAAUUAUGGAAGAGAAUGGCGACAUGGAGAGGGUGGAUCCUGUUCCUAUUGGGUUUACUUUUUCUUUCGCCAUCGACCAAAAACGUCUCGAUAGCGCAAUUUUGACUGGAUGGUCUAAAGGAUUCGAAACAGGAACAGCGACGAAGGACGGCGUUAUAGGGCGCGAUGUCUGCUGUCUCUUGGAUGUUGCUUUGGAGCGUCAGAACGUUCCUGCGAGAGUCGUUGCUGCGCUGAAUGAUACGACUGGCACAAUGCUUUCUGCGGCGUACGAACGUCCGAGAUCUCUCCCUCCUUGCAUGAUGGGAGUGAUUCUUGGGACAGGACUAAAUGCUUGCUAUUACCAACCAGCUGCGGGUGAAUACAACUAUGCUGGGAACAUCAUCAACACAGAAUGCGGCGGGUUCGAUCGUGAUUUGCCGUGGAACAUCAUCGACAUCGAAGUUGACUUUGCAUCGACGAACCGCGGUCGUCAACGACUCGAGAAAAUGCUCUCAGGGAUGUUUUUGCCCGAACUUUGUCGUCGCGUCGUUCUGAAAGUCUUCCAAAGUGAAGCACCAAAAGAAGCAUGGACCCACGAAACAAUGCCAGGAGAAUGUUGUGGUGCGAUCAUCGCGGACGAUUCCGAGGAUUUGGCGGUUGUGAAGGAGAUUUUGGAGGAAAUGUGGCAGUGGACUCCGCCCCAGGAACACGUAGAGAGGGUGAAGGCGUUGUUCGUUGCCGUCUUCGAUAGAUCGGCAGCUCUUGCUUCAGUGAUGAUCGCGGCUCUUGCAAAGAAGACGGGAAGGCUUCAACCAGCAAUGGGGGGCCUCACAGUUGGGGUCGAUGGUUCACUCUAUACACAAAACAUACUCUAUCGACAAAUGCUUUGCAAGCAUUUGAAUUCUGUUCUUGGGGAAGACACAGCAUCUCUGAUUCAUUUCGCUAUUGCGGACGAUGGAAGUGGAAAAGGUGCCGCAAUUUUGGGCUCUGCAAUUACGGCUGGAACAGAGAAUGGCCAUCGCCAUCAUUAA